GCACCACGGCUGCGUUUCACUGUUCCUCCAAGCGGCUCUCCGUUGCAGCCAUUUUGGUUUGGACCCGCAGCUCUGGGAGAGAAACUAACUUGGAGAAAAGGUGAGAUCGCAGAAAGGAGUGAUGUGGGACCAAGGAGGACAGCCUUGGCCACAGUGGCCUCUGAGCCAACAGCAGUGGAUGCAGUCUUUCCAGCAUCAGCACGAUCCAGGUCAAGUUGACUGGGCUGCUCUGGCCCAGGCUUGGAUAGCCCAGAAGGAAUCAACAGGACCUCCACAGCAUAACGUUCAGCCCAACGGCCAGGACAUCCCGAGCGUUGAACCACCUGUUGGGCAGAGUAACCAUGGAACCUUUCAGGGGGAACCACCGUUCAGCCGAGCGUGGCAGCCAGAGUGGGGAAUCCAUGGUCAGCCCCCGCAGCCCCCGCCUCCCCCGCCCCCGGACCAGGCCUGGAUCCCCCCAGUGUCUGCACCGAUCGAUGUGGUAAACCCCAGAGAGGACAGCAGCAGCCAGGACGGCGUGGAGUUCAACUCAGAAACCCACCACGGGGUUUACCCCCCCCAGAACAGCCAUGGGUACGGGGCACAGCCCGAAAGCUUCACCGUGGCCCCCAUGGCCAUGAACCAGUUUGACUAUCAGCACGGAGCUGCAUCGUCCUUCACCCCCACUCCCUCAGGUUUUCCGUCCCAAUACUGGCAAGGACCUUCGCAGAACAGGCGAGAAGCUCGACCCCCCGGCUUUAGAGAGCGGCCCAGAUCCCCCAUCCAGCUGCCCGUCAAAGCGGAGGUCCCAGCACCGCUUGAUGCAGUGAAAAGACGCACCCUUCCAGCCUGGAUCAGAGAGGGCCUUGAAAAGAUGGACCGGGAGAAGCAGAGGAAGCUGGAGCGGGAGCGAAUGGAGAAGGAACGGGCAGAAAUGGCAAAGGACACAAGCAAAGCGCACAACGCUGAUGAAGCAGGAGACGGGCCGCGCAUGCCACGCAGAAGCAAAUUUGACAGUGAUGAUGAGGGAAAUGAAGACGUGGAGAAAGAGGAAAAGCCCCCCGUGAAAAGAGAAUUUGCUGUGCGCUCACCGUCCCCUCCUGCAGAGGACAGUGAACCGGAACUGACUGAGGACUUGAAGGAAGAAGUGCUGAUGGGCAUCACCAAAACCCUCCUGACAGAAAUCCUGCUUGGAGUCACGAACGAAGAGAUUCUGAGCGUGGCCCGAGAGACGCACAGGAAAGCCACCCGAGCACCUGCAAAACAGCUGGCACAGUCAAGUGCACUGGCUUCUCUGACCGGCCUCAGCGGCCUCGGCGACUACGGGUCCGAUGAAAGCGAGGACGAGGACGUCGUCCAGGGUUCUGAGUCCUCGGAUACAGACGAUGAAGAGUUGCACCACAGGAUCCAAGAGAAGCAGGAUGCUUUCCGCCGCAAGGAGCGAGAGAUGCAGCAACUUCAGGACAAACAAGCACAAGAGGCUCUUCUAGCCCGUGAGGAGAUGGUGAAGGAAAGAUUAAGCAAGGAAAGGGGGGACUAUGAUGAGGGCCAUUCAGACAACCCACACAAACAGGAAGUGAAGGACAGGGAGGCUGAGGCCGGGGCAGACAGGCGUAGGUCCCGCAGUGAGAGGGAGGGCAGUGAGGUGAAGCACUCGGGCAGGGCAAAGGAUCAGGCCGGCCGAGGCAGAAGCGAUUCUCCGGCCAACGGCCAAAGCAGCAGCUCCCGCUCCACCUCCAGCCGCAGCAGCUCGCCGUCUUCCUCUUCGUCCUCUUCUUCCACAUCGUCCUCUCGUAGCUCAUCGCGUUCUUCCUCUCCACCGAGGAAGAGGAGACGGAGUCGGUCCUCUUCCCCCCGCAAGGCUCGCCGCCGCAGUCGGAGCCGCAGCACGCACAGGCAUCGCAGUGAGAAGGGGAGGGGCAGGAGGCGGGACAGCGCCGAGCGCUCAGGGCGCCACAAGAAAGACCGCAGUGACUCCAGGGAGCGCAGGAGGGGAAGGAGCAGGUCCAGGUCUAGAUCCAGAGGCAGGGGCAGGGCCAGAGACAGCCGCAGCCGCAGCAGAGACAGGGGGAGGGACAAGGACAGGAAGAGGAGCAGGGAGUGCAGGGACAGCAGCCAGAGCCGCAGCAGCAAGCACAAGCAGAGGGCCUCCAGCAAAGACAGGGACAAGAGGAGGGAGAGGAGUCGAAGCCAGGACAAGAAAAAGAGGGACAGGGAUGCAGAGAAAAAGAAGGAGAAGCCCAAGGCUAGAGAGAAGGAAAAGGGAAGCUCCGCGGGCGCAGAGGAAAACGGUAAAUCAAAGAAAAAGAAAGAGAGCGACUCGCGCACAGACUCGCAACGAGACAAGUUGUCUCUGCAAGACAGCAAGUCCAGCAAGAAGGGCUCCAGCAAGGCUAGUAAGAGGCACUCAGACUCUGAUUCCAGUAGAUCCCCCACCCCGGAAGUUAGCAAAGAAAAGAAAUCUAAGAAAUCCAAACGUAGUCGUUCAAGGUCGACGGAAAAAUCUCACAAGUCUGGUAAGAAGGCAAGCCGCAAACACAAGUCUAAGUCGCGAUCAAGGUCAGCCUCCCCUCCCCGUCGUAGCAGACGCUGAGGAGCACAGUCUAAGGCCAGAUCUGUGCACCUAACCAUUUUAAUUCCAUGAGUUGAGCAGGCUUGUCUCAUUAUAGAGGCAGUUGUGUAGGUGAACACCCCUUCAUUCAUUCUUUUACUGUAAAUAUGUUCUUUUUAAAGCGUGACUGAAAAACAUUUUGAAUGGUGGUCUUCUUUAUGCAAAGUAGAAGAACAGACGCUACCAACUGAAGCUGCCGUUAACUAAACGUGGCAGGAUUAUCUUCCACACACGCACACACACACACACACACACACACCCACACACACACACACACACACACACAAUCUAUUGUAAGAUGUCCAAUAAAAUUGUUUGUUCACCGUUUUGUCUUAUUAUCCGUUUGAUCUUACUCGCUUAAAAGCAAAAGCUUUUCCCAGGGGGCUGCAGCACUGUACGCAUCACUUCACCAGGACUACAGUACCCAUAAUGCUCCAUCAAUCCAUCAUGCAGUGCAGCUUAGUAGUUUUCUAAAGACAAAUAUUUUGACAGGUUUUUGAGCGCCUGUACCACAGAAAAGCCAUUUGAGCUCAGUAGGCAGCAUUCAUUCACAGAGUGGAUUUUAAGGUGGACUGUGUAUUAUUGAACAAGGACUUUAAGGUGGUCCAAAAAUACAGUAAGGGCCACAAAAUGAGCUGUAGUUUAAUUUUAGUUUUAGAUUUCCAAUUUUCUGGCACCUACAACUCUUAACAGUAUAUAUAUUUUUUGUAAUCGCUGCUAAUGUCACACUACCUACAACUACAUUUGAUGCAUUGAGAUGCGAUACUAGGUGUCUUUUAUUUUGAAAAGAAGUCUGAAAAUUCGACUUGGAUGGCUCUUUAAAUGUUGAAGGUUGCAGACCCCCGGGCCCUCUUGAGUUCAUGGUUUAACGUAAGCAGCACAGCAUGUCUGCAACACCUUCAAACGUGAGCUUUCAGGCAUUUUGCUGCAUUAGUGGAUUCUGAAAGCCUCCUCCAAAAUGUGUCUAGAUAUCGCUCUGUCGGCUCUGCUUCCUCUGAUCAAAAGACUCCAAAGAGCAGAAUUCUGGACGUCAUUGUUUUCACUUUUUCCUUUUUAGACCACUACCUAGAAGUUAUCCCGUGUUUAUGUUUACUGUGAAGAAUUUUAGUAUUAAAAGGAUUUGGGUAAAACUUUA